AUGGUCUGGUAUUGUUCUUGUGUUGGGAGGGUGGAUGAGCGUUGGGCAGUUGGUGGGAAGGAGCGUCACUGGUGGGACGAGGAGCUACUGGGUGGGAGAGCAGUGCUGGAGAUGUGGUCGUCACCAGUGCUACUGAAGGUACAUCACCUCACUUCUACCGACCAGGCUCUCUACACCUGUCGUGUUGACUUCAGACUCAACCCCACCAAGACUACCAGAGUCAACCUUACUGUUGUCGUUCCUCCUGAGAGUGUGAGUGUGAUGAUGGGAGGGAAGGACGCUCCCCGCGGUGCCUCCAGCAGCGUAGUGGGUCCAUACAUGGAGGGCGACACCCCAGCCAUCACCUGUGUUGCUCAUGCUGGACGCCCGAGGCCUACAGUACUCUGGUUCCAGAACACGCACCUUCUGGAUAGCCACAUGGAGUCUGAGGUUUCGGAAAACUCCGUUGAAACCUUCAGUAGGGUUGGAAUGACGACCCUUUCCCCGGUACCCCCGACACCACCAGUCUACCGUGAAGGACCCUUCAGUGUUCUCACUCUGGCGACCACCACAGCCCUGGCGACACUCGGCAAGAAGAGGUUCAAUACGCUCACUUUAGCCAGGCCUACGGAAGCGCCAGCCUUCGGAGGAGAGCCAUACAACACGCUGACUCUGGGGCCUCUGAGCAGGAAACACCUCAAGAUGCUACUCACCUGUGAAGCGUCCAAUAACAACAUCACCUUGCCCAUCUCCAUCGCUGUCACCCUUGACAUGAACUGUAAGUCCCCCGUGACACGUACAAGUCUUAUAUUUGGUGUUAUAAACACCUUCAGAAUGUUUGCCAAGGCAUUUGGGACAGAGUUUGAUCUGCUGUGUUCGCUGUCUGCUAGCGGCUGUCAUCUUGUACUCUAUCUUGGAAUGGCUACUGUCGUCUUGUGCUCUCUGCAAGUGGCUACUGUCGUCUUGUGCUCUCUGCGAGUGGCUACUGUCGUCUUGUGCUCUCUGCGAGUGGCUACUGUCGUCUUGUGCUCUCUGCGAGUGGCUACUGUCGUCUUGUGCUCUCUGCGAGUGGCUACUGUCGUCUUGUGCUCUCUGCGAGUGGCUACUGUCGUCUUGUGCUCUCUGCGAGUGGCUACUGUCGUCUUGUGCUCUCUGCGAGUGGCUACUGUCGCUUGUGCUCUCUGCGAGUGGCUACUGUCGCGCCGAUUGUGUGCUCUUUGCGAGUGGCUUCUGUCGUCUUGUGCUCUCUGCGAGUGGCUACUGUCGCCUUGUGCUCUCUGCGAGUGGCUACUGUCGUCUUGUGCUCUCUGCGAGUGGCUACUGUCGUCUUGUGCUCUCUGCGAGUGGCUACUGUCGUCUUGUGCUCUCUGCGAGUGGCUACUGUCGUCUUGUGCUCAGUCUGGGAGUGGCUACUGUGCCCCGGUGUCUGAGGAAACUCAGGGGGACUCGUGUGGUUCAUUUCACAAGUUCGAUUUGCUCUCAGGAAUUAUGUUUUAUGCAUAUCAGGCUGUCAUAUCUCAAGAGUUUAGUAACUGCGUAGUGCAUCCUAAUAAUGAAAAGAGUAUAAGGAAGCAUACAAAUAAAACGUCAGCAGACGGUAACAUGACUACCAGCAGUGUGGUGUUGACGCCGCGCCCGGAGCACAAUGGUUCCUUCCUGCGCUGUGUGGCGGAGACACACGCUGCUCCUGCUUCCCUGGACGAUACCUGGUACCUUGUGGUGCACUACGUGCCCAGAGCGACGUGCACCUACGGAGCGUCGCUGGACGCUGCUAAUAUCAAGGAAGGAGACGACGUCUACUUUGAGUGUUCCAUACAAGCCAACCCAGCUGUCAUUCGUGUCUCCUGGCGUCAUGACGAGAAGGUGCUGGUGCACAACGUCUCAGCUGGUGUGAUCGUCAGCAACCAGAGUCUGGUGCUGCAGAGGGUCACCAGGACCCAGGCUGGCCGCUACACAUGCCUCGCUCACAACACUGUCGGUGACGGCCUCUCAAACUCACUCACCCUCGACGUCAAGUACGCCCCUGUGUGUUCCCCGGGACAGGUAACCACUUACGCUGUGGAACGCUACGAGGAUGCUGAAGUAACAUGCUCCGUGGAGGCUAACCCCAUCCAGGAGUCCUUCCAGUGGACGUUCAACAACACGGCGGAUACCAUCGACGUGCCUAAUGGCCGCUUCACCUCCCUAGUCAGCCACAGUGUAAUCACCUACACCCCCAUGACCUCCUUCGACUACGGCACUCUCCUCUGCUGGGCCACCAAUGAGAUAGGCGAGCAAAAAGAACCCUGCGUCUUCCACAUUGUUCCUGCAGGUAAGCCGGAGCCACCAGGUAACUGCACAGUGGGGAGCAGGAGCCGCACCUCCGUCAGAGUGCAGUGUGUGGCAGGCAGCAGCGGUGGCCUACCCCAACACUUCCUCCUGCAGGCAACAUCACAUGCACCUCACCACCAGCUCAACUUCACUUCCGACUCCUCGCCGGACUUCCACGUGGAGGGGCUGCAGGUGGAGGCUAAAUACCAGCUGGCAGUGAAGGCCGUCAAUGACAAAGGUGCCAGCAGUGCCACUCAUUUCACCAUCAGCAGCAUAGGUACCAACGGUUCUGUCUACCAACUGCACGACGGCCCCUUGGAGGCUGAAGUGAGGGAUGGUAAACAGAGUAGUGUUGGUAGCACUGGAACUGGAAGCGAUGAUGACGCUAGUUCCAUGGUGACCCUGACUCUGCCCUCCGUCAUCAUGGGUGUCCUGGGUGCUGGCUCAGGACUGGUGUUCCUGAUGAUCCUCUUGCUGCUCUUCAUCACUUACCACAGGAGAAGAGUGUCUCACCAGCCUCGCCCCCUUGCUGACACACUGCACCACUCUGAGGGGGGAGACAGUUCCAAGGACACCAUUAGGUCAGUGAGGUGUACUCACACAUCACUUGCGCUGAGUGCUGAGCAUCACCUUACCUGCCUGGAGAGGGACAUGCAACAGCAGCAGGCAGAGUCAGAGAGUGACGCAGAGCCUGACGUGAUCCCCCUGCAGGAGUCAUAUCGCAGCAGCAGCAGCUGUGAGAGAGAGCUGACUGCAGCAGCCACACUGCUGCCUUCAGAGCGCUACAAGUACUCUCCAGUGCCUGCACAUCUACCACCCAAUAUUCCGCCGUGUCCUCCCGAGUACAGUGUGCUUGGUGUGGUCCAGGCAGCACCCCCCCUGCCGUGUGGAGACCUCGCUGACCCCUGCUACCACCAUCACCAUCACCACCCUACACCAUCACUACACACCGCCACAACCACACAUCACCAGCAUCAUAUUCCCCCACCAUUGCAGACUGCCACAACCUCACAACACCAGCAACACUCGCCACCCCCACCACAGACCACAACCACCACUCACCUGCAAUACAGUGGACAAUCACAAGCCACAACAUAUGAGCAACAUGCACUGCCACCACCACCACCGCCACACAUUGUGCACCACCACCACCACCACGACCCCCACCUCCUCCACCAGGAUGACACCCAUCAACACCACGACAACUCUUACCUCCUUCACGACGACCCACACCACCAUCAAGACGACGCCCAAGCUUUCCUGCACCAGCAAGCAGCCUCUGGCAGUGUAUCCCAGCGAGCUCUUCUCAGACCGGACACUACCGAACACCUACUGCUACACCCCCGUACCAACCCACACCACUACCCUCGCCCGAAUGUGGAAGGUAGUCUCCCUCCCCCAGCAGAGUAUCUAGACUCUGAGAGGAAGCGAGUGACAUUCUCCAGACACGCAAGUUAUGAAGAGGACACGCCCAGCACUCCGCUCCUGAAGAAGGGAGAGAGUGCCGUCUGAUGUUAACCUUCAAGUGUUUAAUGUUUGCACUCAGUCAUUCAAAUGUCAGUAACAAAACAGGUCUAAUAAGUAUCGUGGAAGCAGUAACCGUUAACUUGGGAAUUCUAAACAAAAUUCUAAUUAUUCACAGGUAAAAUGUACGAGUCUGGUAAGCAGCUGGAUGGGUGAUCCAGUAUAGGCAACCUUGCCCCUGGCUAGGGGCAACCAAGGUGUAAGCAACCAAGGUGUGCUUACAGACAUAGUCUAAUGUCUUGUGUUACAGACACAAUCUAAUAUUUAUGGGAUUUCUUACUUUUUCCUUAAUUCAGUAUAUUCACAAUUUUUAUUGAACAAGUCAUGAAGCUGCUGUAAUUAGUGUUUUCAUGAAUGUGUUUUAAAAUUCAGAUGUGCCUCUUAUUGACAAAAUACAUAUUCCAAGUGACAACAAGAGUUCUGUCAGUUUUGUGUGUGUUGUUGUACCUUGUGAGUGAGAAGUGUGACACUCCUCGUGCCUUGUAUAACUGCUUCAUAAUAUACGCUUAAAUAAGCCUUUUUCACCUGAGGCUUCAGAAAAAAACAAAACUUUGUGUAUAACCCAUAGACAUCACUCGCGACUUUCAGACUGGACGAGGGAAGUCUUAUGUAUUCCGAAAGUUUAACCCGAACAUCCAGUGUUGUGCUGCGCCAUUGUGUUACCAUUAUGAGUCUUUCUUUUAUGUGGUGUGGACGACCGACCAUCACAUGUUAUGAUAGAUCUUUAACUUUUCACAAGAUGAACCAGUAAGUCAGUGUCAGGUAUGCCACCAUAACCAAGAUUCACACCUACUUACUGUAACAUGAUCAUUAUGUAUAUCAUGUAAUUGUUCAUGCAAAUUCGUUUUUACCAGUAUUGAAUACCUGUUCAACCUUGUACUGAGUGUGUGUGUGUUGAUACAGUAACUGUUUAUGUAUGUGCGGAUACAGUAACAGUGUGUUUGUUAAUACAGUAACUGUGUGUUUAUACAGUAACUGUGUGUGUGUUGAUUCAUUAACUGUACUCACCUAAUUCUCACCUAAUUGUGGUUGCAGGGGUCGAGACUCGGCUCCUGGCCCCGCCUCUUCACUGACCGCUACUAGGUCCUCUCACACCCUGCUCCAUGAGCUUUAUCAUACCUCGUCUUAAAACUAUGUAUAGUUCCUGCCUCCACUACAUCGCUUACCAGACUAUUCCACUUCCUGACUAUUCUAUGACUGAAGAAAUACUUCCUAACAUCCCUUUGACUCAUCUGAGUCUUCAGCUUCCAAUUGUGACACCUUGUUUCUGUGUCCCAUCUCUGGAACAUCCUGUCUCUAUCCACCUUGUCUAUUCCACGCAGUAUUUUGUAUGUCGUCAUCAUGUCUCCCCUGACCCUCCUGUCCUCCAGUGUUGUUAGACCGAUUUCCCUUAACCUCUCUUCAUAGGACAUUCCCCUUAGUUCUGGAACCAGCCUUGUUGCAAACCUUUGCACUUUCUCUAAUUUCUUAACGUGUUUGACCAGAUGUGGGUUCCAAACUGGUGCUGCGUACUUCAGUAUGGGCCUGACGUACACAGUGUAUAAAGUCUUGAACGAUUCCUUACUGAGGUACCGGAACGCUAUUCUCAUGUUUGCCAAGCGCCCAUAUGCCGCAGCAGUUAUCUGGUUAAUGUGUGCUUCUGGCGAUGUACUUGGUAUUAUACUCACUCCUAGGUCUUUCUCCUUGAGUGAGGUUUGCAGCCUUUGGCCUCCUAGCCUAUACUCUGUCUACGGUCUUCUUUGCCCUCCUCCGAUCUUCAUGACUUUGCAUUUGGCGGGGUUAAAUUCUAGGAGCCAGUUUCUGGACCACACAUCCAGCCUGUCCAGGUCUCUUUGUAGACUUGUCUGGUCCGCGUCUGAUUGAAUUCUCCUCAUUAACUUCACGUCAUCUGCAAACAGGGACACUUCUGAGUCUAUCCCUUCCAUCAUGUCGUUCACAUAUACCGAGAAUAGCACUGGUCCCAGGACUGACCCCUGUGGGACCCCGCUCGUCACUGGCGCCCACUGUGAUACCUCAUCACGGACCGUGACACGCUGUUGCCUCCCUGUUAGGUAUUCUCUGAUCCAUUACAGUGCCCUUCCUGUUAUAUGUGCCUCUUCCUCUAGCUUCUGUACUAAUCUCUUGUGAGGAACUGUGUCGAAGGCCUUCUUGCAGUCCAGAAAAUGCAAUCAACCCACCCCUCCCUCUCAUUUCUUACUUCACUUACCUUGUCAUAAAACUCUAGUAGGCUUGUGACACAAGAUUUGCCUUCCAUGAAUCCGUGCUGGCUGUCGUUUAUAAUCUUGUUCCGCUCCAGGUGCUCCACCACUCUCCUCCUGAUAAUCUUUUCCAAGACUUUGCAUACUAUACAUGUCAGUGACACUGGUCUAUAAUUUAGUGCUUCAUUUCUGUCUCCCUUCUUAAAGAUGGGGACUACAUUUGCCUUCUUCCAUACUUCAGGUAGUUGCCCAGUUUCAAGGGAAGUGUUGAAGAUUUUGGUUAGUGGCACACGUAGUGUCCCUGCUCCCUCUCUAAGGACCCAUGGAGAGAUGUCUGGUCCCACCACCUUUGGUGUAUCAAGGUCACUUAGGAGCUUCUCCACCUCCUCCUCAGUUGUGUGUAAUUCAUCCAACACUUGUUGGUAUAUCCCUUGGAAAUAUAAACACAUAUGCAGUAUAAUGUGAUCCUUUAUUGACUACGUUUCGCCCACACAGUGGGCUUUUUCAAGUCACAAACAGAACUACCGAAGAAUCCUGGAAUCAUCACUUAUUUCUAUAUCCGACAACUUCAACCAGAAUAGUGGCUUCUAUAACAUAGCUGAACCACUUGCCAAGAAGCUUCUUCAUCGCUAUCCCACAUAAGAACACUGUAGAAGGUCUGCUCACAAACUUGUCCAAUCUCCUUUCCAAGCUACCCAAGAUUUUAGACUCAGAUGCAACAUUCUCCACCUGACCUCAGCAAUCUGAUCCUGACUAUUAAUACUCGCGUUCCUUCCACCCCAGGUAGUUCUGUUUGUGACUUGAAAAAGCCCACUGUGUGGGCGAAACGUAGUCAAUAAAGGAUCACAUUAUACUGCAUAUGUGUUUAUAUUUCCAUUGUGUCGGUAUUAUAUACCAUUUAUUUCCAUGGUAUAUCCCUUGUUGCUGUAUGCCACUGUUUUGUCUUCCUGUUGUCCCUUCAGCCUCCACUGUAAAUACUUCCUGAAAUCUCAUGUUGAGGUCCUCGCAUACCUCCUGGUCAUUUCUUGUGAGCUCCCCACCUUCCUUCCUCAGCCUGAUUACCUGGUCCUUGACUAUUGUCUUCCUCCUUAUGUGGCUGUAGAGUAGUUUCGGAUCAGACUUGACUUUCGAUGCUAUGUCAUUUUCAUACUGCCUCUGUGCCUCCCUCCUUAUCUGUGCAUACUCGUUUCUGGCUUGUCAACUAAUCUCUCUAUUCUCCUGAGUCCUUUGCCUUCUGUACUUUUUCCAUUCUCUAGAGCACUUAGUUUUUGCCUCCCUGCACCUUCGGGUAAUCCAAGGGCUUGUUCUGUCCUUCCCAUUAUUUCUGUUACCCUUGGGAACAGACCUUUCCUCUGCCUCCUUGCAUUUUGUUGUUACAAAGUCCAUCAUUUCGUUUACUGAUUUUCCUAACAACUCCUGUUCCCACUGAGCCUCCUGCAGGAAGAUCCUCAUUUCUGUGUAGUCCCCCCUUUUAUAGUUUAGCUUUUCCCUUUCUACUCCUGUUACCCUCUCCACUUUUAGCUCCACGAUGUAUUCAAAGCUCAUAACUACGUCGUCACUAGCUCCAAGGGGCCUUUCAUAUGUGAUGUGCUCAAUGUCUGAGCCACUCAGGGUGAACACGAGGUCCAGUCUUGCUGGUUCAUCCUCCCCCUCUCUCUCUGGUAGUAUCCCUAACAUGUUGGUGCAUGAGAUUUGCCAGCACCACAUCCAUCAUCUUCGCUCUCCAUGUUUUGGGACCCCAUGUGGUUCCAGGUUUUCCCAAUCAAUCUCCCUGUGAUUGAAGUCGCCCAUGACCAGUAACUUCGCUCUGCUUGAGUGAGCCCUUCUUGCGACCUCAGCUAGAGUGUCCACCAUUGCUCUGUUGCACUCAUCAUAGUCCUCUCUUGGCCUCCUGCAGUUCUGUGGUGGGUUAUACAUCACUGCAAUGACUACCUUGUGUUCCCCUGACUGAACUGUACCUACUGUGUAAUCCAUUUCUCCAGUCUCGUCCAUACCUUCCAUUUCUUGAUAACCCCACCGGUUUUUUAUUAGUAGUGCAACCCCUCUUCCCCCCCUGCUCCUUCUAUCCUUCCUCAGCAUCUGAUAUCUGGGUGGGAAGAUUGCAUCUGUUAUUAUCCCAGUGAGUUUUGUUUCUGUAGCCGCUAUGAUGUCUGGGGACAUCUCCUUGAUUCUUUCAUGCCACUCCUCACAUUUAUUAGUUAUUCCAUCUGCGUUCGUGUACCAAACCUUCAACUUCUUUUCAAUAACUGUGGUCUGGGGAGAGAGGUGGGUUAGGGGGAGCAGGUGCCCUGACAGGGGCCUAUAGGGGGUUGUGUGGGGG